CACUCACAAAUGGGACAACAUCCUGUCUCCAGAACGAGGCUAAUCCGGAUCUGUAAGCUAGCAGUUGCGUCUUCAUUGCCUGAAUAUUAACUUACGCAACAAACGAAAAAGGAAAUCGCACGGAUAUUUGUUGAAGCGUAAAUAAAAGUGAACAUACCUGUAAACUUGCCGGCGAAUGAACGAUGAUCUUAGUAUAUUAAUUUUGUAAAUGACCUCAAUAACAUUAAAACAGAAUAAUUAACUUGCUGAAUUUACAAUGAUAAAGGAAUAGAAGAACAGAAAAGAUAAUUAAGAAUGAUAGACGUACGUGUAAUUGUGAUCCUUGUUCUCCUUACCUGUCCGCUAGUUAGUAUGUCACCCUUAAGAGGGGAAGGUGAAAAUGGUGAACAGUGUCCGGGUAAUUAUUGCUCAAUGUUUGAAGGAAUUUGUAAAAAUGGUGGUACUUGUAUAAGUAUUGGAUGUAAAGGUGAAUGUGAGUGUACAAAAGACUUUACUGGACAUAAUUGUGAAGUUCCAAUCACCGCUUUAACAACAUUAGCUCCAAAAAAGGAGACUGAAGCUCCUAAAAAGAAGGAAACAAAACCGACUACUGACAAUACAAAUGAAAAAAUGAGUGUCAUAUUAUCGUUAUUCCGUAUGAUGUCUCAUCCAAGACCAAAAGUAACGAAUCAUAUCGUGAAGAAAAAAAUUGUCAUUAAAGUGAGCAACAAAAAAGAUAGUGAUAAGGAUUCACAUUCAAUUGAUCGCACACGAGAAAAUUUCCCAUCCAGGUUUGAGCCACUAUCAGAGAAGAAGCAAGACGAGUCAUCAAACGACAAAGAUUCUUCAGAUCGUCAAAAGGAAAGCCAAAGGACGAAACAAAUAAACAAAAGUAACACCCAGGAUAAUGGAGGUGAAUCCGAAAGCAAAUCGCUUAUCACAGAAAAGGUCGACAAAACAAUAGUUUCUACAAGUGAAUCUGUUGUAAAGAAUGACAUUUUUACGGUAGCAAAGAAAAUAUCUGAUAAGCAUACACCAGAACUAUCUUUAACGACGUCGAAUACAUUAAAAAUCAUAAACACUACCCCAACAACAACGACGCAAUCAACUUUUGCUGCAAUACAAGAACAAACUGUUGCGCAAGUCAGCCCGCUUUUAUCAACAACAAAUUCAGGCUCAAUAACAACAAUUCAAAGUACCCCUUCAUCAAUAAUUACAACUCCUGAUAAGGUCGUGAUAGAAAAACGUGUUAAUGAAGACACGCUGACAUUUAGUGGAAAGACAAGAAAAGUUGUGCCAAAAGUAUUCCAUGCACCGCAAUGGCGAUCUCUCUCACAGGAAACAACAACAGUUAAUCCAGAUGUUCUACUAGAUGGAAAAAUAAACGAACAACAAAAUCAUUCGUCUUUGAAUAAUUCAGACAUUCUGGCACACUUGGCAAAUGCUGGAGAUAAAGUUUUGAGCUCGACAACCUUAUCGAAUAUGUAUCUUACUCAUACACUUCUGAGUAAAUCACGAAUUUUUGUUUCGACUGUUCCAAAUAAGACAAUAAGACCGGAAAGCACUAAGAAACCUUCGGUAGACAAUGCAAGUACACAAAGUCAAGUUCAAAUUAAUGGUGGGGAAAAUAAACAAUCAGCAGUAAAGGAGAGAAGUACUUCUAUUGAUCUGGCUAAAGAAGAAAUUGCAUUGGCUGCUAAAAGAAUUGUAAUUGCAAAUAGUUUUGUGGUGACCACAACGUCAUUACCAACAAAAUCGAUAAAAGCGGGAAAUUUAGGAAAUUUAGUCACUAGAACACAACCCCCUUACGUCAAAUCAACGUCACAUAUGUUAAAACAAGGCACACAAAAUAUGUCAACUAAAACAAGUACAAUAUUACCAAUAACGAAUAAUUUAUCAACAACGACAAAUAUUGGUAUUUUAGGCAACUCGCCAACAACAGUCAUGAUGUCCACAACGAAAUCUCCGUCAAAACUAAGAUUAAGAAAAUCUCUUCUUUCGCACAAUUCUGGGGAUAUUCAAAAUCAUAAACGGAUAAACUACUAGAAAAAAUGUGAUUUAAUGGAUCAAAGAAAUCGAUUUCCAUAUGAAUGACUGGUUGAUGGAGACCAGAACAAUAAACGUUAUUUGUAAUCUGUGAUAUAACAAAAUGACAAAUGUGACGGAAAUCAUUUAGUAUGCAGCUAACUUUAGACAAUGCUCGUUUAUCUUCUGCAUGUCUAGCGGGCCUAGACUUCGUAGAUAUAUAUAUACAUCUUUUUUCCAUCACAUUCCACAUUUAUGAAUCCAAAUAUGUUUUGUGCAAUCAUAAUAGUAUUGUAAUUGAGUUUUAAGACUUUUUUGCCAGGUAUGUAAUCAUAUUAAAACAGAAAACAUUUAUUAUGCUCAUGGCAUUUGUUACACCACUUUUUUUAAUAUAGUAGUAAUCAGUAAUCCAAAAUGCGUCUACUUUAUUGUAUAUUAGGUUAAGUAGCUGUUCCUCUAACUGCGAUUUAAUUUUAUUAUCUUUUUAAUAUGUGAGCUCAUUCCUGUUCAGGAAUUGUCGAACAACUUUUUUUAAUCUAUAAUAAGACACAAAUGUAGCUUCGGACUAAAUAGUUAGGUGUGGUAUUUGUUUUUAUUGGAGUCCUUUCCUUACAUCAUUGAUAAGAGGCUAACUAUUGAAGAAAGCCUUAAUUCUUUGUAAUGUGUAUGAUAUAUUAUUAUGAUACAUACUUGUCAUACAUGUUUUGCUAGCUAUGAAACCAGGUUUAACCUUUUUUAAACCAAGCUACACUCUUAUAGCCAAAAUUGUACACGUAUGUGAGAUAGUAAAAUGUCUUUACCAAUUUAGGAAUAUGACUGUUUGAUUUUGUCGGGAUAAUGGACUCC